AUGCACGCUCAAACUUAUUAUCAAAUCCUCCUUACUCUUGCUCUUUUCCCUUCUACCUUCGGUUCACCACUACGAGCUUCCAACACCGAUAUUUCUUCCGGUCAAGCUACGGCAAUCCCUAUCACGCAUAGAUCACCUUUACUUUCUCAUCCUAUCUUAUCUGCUCGAACUGAUGAUUACAUCCCGAUCUUCGACUCUGAAGCUGCCGCCCUCGUCCAGAAAGAGCUUAAAGCAGUCAAGAACAAGUACUCGAAAGCUGCUCAGUAUUUAAGUGGCGUUCAAGUCGCAGAAGCAGACGUAGCUUUCCAACAACCAAGUGCAGCUUUACCAGUUCAAGCUGCUCAAUCUGCUAAAUCAUCCAAGUCCAAAUCCAUCUCAUCGUCAUCGUUGUCGUCGUCUGGCGUCAUCACUUCAUCUACUUCCUUGGUGUCGUCCGCCACGUCGUCUGCCGUCAAAACAUGGUCCACUGGAGUGACUGUGAAUGCACCAAACUCGAUCUCACCACCUUCAAGUAUCUCAUCUCAAGCAUCAAAACCUUCCGCAACCGCUGUAAUAGCUCCGAUAGCCUCCGUAUCAGUCGAGGACGAAGGAGUCUUCAACUUCCUGGGAAAUCAUGCUCCUUUGUUAGCACCCAUUAUCGGUUCACAUACAUCAUCAGCCCAUCCAAGUUCCACACAUGUAAUCUCAACAUCAACCUUCUUAUCUCCUUCCAGUAAACCUACUACUGCCACUUCCGAUUCCAACGCCAAGGUACUAUCUGCUGGUAUCGUAGAUCUAGGUCUACCAGUGAUGAAAGAUUUGAAAACUCGAGGAAAAGGAAGCCCAACUGUUCCAUUGACAGAUUACAUUCAAGGAUCAUUAGAUGUAUUAUAUUAUGGAAAUAUCAAUAUCGGAACACCUUCACAAAGCCUAUCAGUUGAUUUCGAUACAGGAUCAGCAGAUUUAUGGUUCCCUGUAGGAUGUUCUAAUUGUCAAUCACAACAAUUUGAUUCGAGUAAAUCAUCAACAUUCAAAUCGACAAGUCAAUCAUUCGCAGUCCAAUAUGGAUCAGGUUCAGUUUCAGGUAAUCUGGCACAGGAAAAUGUAAUGAUUGCCAAUACAAUGGUUCAAGGUCAAUAUUUCGGUGCUGUGAAUUCGGAAUCAUCAGAUUUCCAAGGUAAUCCAAAUUCAGGUGUGAUGGGAAUGGCUUUUUCAUCCAUUUCAUCUUCUGGAAAACCAACUUAUUUCGAAAAUUUGAUUUCUAAUAAAGCCGUUUCUUCACCUUUAUUCGGUUUUCAUAUGACUAGAAGACAAGCUCAAGGUAGUCAACUUUGUAUUGGUUGUUACGAUUCAUCCAAAUUCACAGGAUCGAUUUCAUGGGUUCCAGUUAUCUCACAAACGUAUUGGUCUGUAUCAAUGACUUCGUUCUCUACCAACGGUGGUAAUAAGAACGCUUUAUCUUCAUCUCUUAUAGGGGCUAUCGACACUGGAACCACACUCAUUUACGUCCCUACAUCAAUUGCCGAUUCCUUCUAUUCUCAAAUUCCCGGAUCUUCAAGAGCUGAUCAAUACGGUGAAGGAUUCUAUCAAUAUCCAUGUAAAUCUUCCAUCACAGUCAGUUUAGGAUUUAACAACAAAAACUUCAAUAUGAAUCUUGUAGAUUUCAAUCUCGGUAAAACUUCUUCAGGCUCGACUAUGUGUAUUGGCGCUGUAUUAGCUGUGGCAGAUGGUUUCCCAGAUAACCUAGCUAUCAUAGGUGACGCUUUCUUGAAAUCUUGGUACAGUAUUUACGAUUAUAGUAAUGGAGUUAGAGUUGGUUUCGCAAGCUCAACAAAUAAUAAAUAG